GAGUCCCCGGCCGCUCCCCGCCCCCUCCCGCCGCCCCCUCAGCGCCCGCGGCCGUCAGCGCGCCUCAGCGCGGCGCCGCCAUGGCGCUGGAAGCGGAGGUGGCCGGGGCUCCCCUCGGCUCCUUCCUCAGGGACUUCCCGUCCGCGCUGGGCCCGGGGGAGCCGCUGCCGUGGAGCUCGGCGGGGAGCGGCGCCCUGAGCGAGGCCGAAGCGCCGGGCGCGCUGACCGAGCUGGCGAGGAACCUCCUGGGCGGCAGAGGUGUUCCGCCACUCCUUGCAGCAUCAUUGGUCCACGCUGCAGUUGAUGAAGUUCUCCGAACAGACUUGACUGAAUUUAAGAAGGAAAGUGUGGAAAGACAGGGAGAAGGAGAUGAGGAAAGGUUCACCUUGCUGGAUGGAGAGUCGCUGCAGCGCUGCUUCUUUAACAAACUUCGGGAUGUCUGCUUUGAAUGGCAGAAGCAGCUGCCACCGCUGAGACCACUGAAGCGCUUCCUGCUUGUUUCCAUCCAUGCCAUCCGUAACACUCGACGGAAAAUGGAGGACCGCCACGUUAUCCUCACGGAGUUCAAUCAGCUGUUUGGCUUAGCAGAUGACAUCGAUCGUGCUUACUUUGCGAUAUUUGAUGGCCAUGGUGGAGUGGAUGCUGCCAAUUAUUCAGCAACCCAUUUACAUGUAAAUGUUGGGCUACAUGAAGAGAUUGUUAAGAAUCCAGCUGAGGCCUUGAAAUGCUCUUUCCAGAAGACAGAUGAAAUGUUUCUUUUCAAAGCCAAAAGAGAGAGGCUGCGGAGUGGUACGACAGGUGUAUCUGCAUUGAUUGUAGGGAACAAGCUACACAUAGCAUGGCUGGGGGACUCGCAGGUAAUGCUUGUGCAGCAAGGAAAUGCUGUGACAUUAAUGGAACCUCACAAACCAGAGAGAGAAGAUGAGAGAGCACGUAUUGAGGCUCUGGGUGGAUGUGUAACCUACAUGGAUUGCUGGAGGGUUAAUGGCACUUUGGCUGUUUCCAGAGCAAUUGGUGAUGUGUGUCAAAAGCCUUACAUCUCCGGUGAUGCAGAUGGAGAUUCGUUUGACCUGACUGGUUCUGAAGAUUACUUGCUCCUAGCCUGUGAUGGAUUCUUUGAUGCUAUCAAGCCAUAUGAGGUUGUAGACUUAGUCCUAGAUCAUUUAAUGCAAACCAAAGGAGUGGGUCUGAAAGCAGCAGAAAGACUGGUGGCUGCUGCAAAGGAAAAUGGAUCCAAUGACAACAUUACUGUUUUAGUGGUGUUCUUGAGGGAUCCACAAGACAUCUUGGCAGACUGUCUCAGAGACGCUAAGAGCCUUGAGGCUGGGGAUGAUACUCGAAGCUCACCCUUUAAUUUCCUCAGCUGUGAGGCAGCAGCCACACAGUGACAAAAUCUGCUUAAUCCAGAACCAUUUAGAAGUAUGCUUAAGGAACUGCUUUCCACUGAAGAAGCCGCUAAUACAAUAGGCAAAAUGUGUCAGGUAAAAUGACAAAUGGACAAACGUUUAACAAAAAGGAAAGUCUCCUUUUACUGAGUUCCCAUUUGUCUUUCCUUUCUCUUCUGUUCAAAAAAACACUGAAGAGACAUGGAGAUCUGUACAGCUCUUUUGUCUCUGGGAGCAGAAUUCUAAAAUGUGUUCCAGGACUGCUGGUCAUAUCCCUCUGCCCUGGAGGUGGUAAGAAAUGUAUGUAUAAGCUAGUGGGUGAGAGCACCCGUUUGUGAAUUCUGAGUGAAAAUUUGAAGUAAUGCUUAAAAAGAGUGCUGUGUGUUAUAUUUGUGAUAUUACUUUAGGAAUUGGGAGUAGAGAAGCUGUCACUAUCGAAGAAAAGGUUGUUACUUUGCGUAGUCUGUAGGAACAGGCUUGAUAGCACACCAUUGUGCUGUGUAAGUUACUUUUGUUUUGUACCAAAGAUGAUGUUAAGAGAAUGAUAUCGCCUCUUUCUUCAAGCAGAGACAUUUAAUUUUGUGUGUGUGGAGAGGGGAAAAUGAAACUGAAUGCUCCAGUGACAGAGCAAAAAAACUAACUAUAAGCAUCCCAAGCGAAAAUGAUAGAAAAUCAGCUACUUUCUGGGAUGCUCUGGUUAAUAAACUGGAAUCCAGUAUUUAACUGCACUGGAUUAUUUCUAACAAACAUGUUUUAUUGGCUGUCUGGCAGCCUGAAAAGAAAGGAACUAUACUGCUGUAUUUGAGAGAUCCUUACAAUGUGUAUGCUCUAGCAGUUAACUGUGUUCUGUUUCUACCACUUUUCUGUGUACUAUAACAAAUAUGAUUUUUAUUUUUAUUUUAGCUUCUGGAAUUUACAGUUGGAAGAUUUUUUUUUCUUUGCAGUGUUACUUUAUUUUGUUAUGGUUUAUUUAAAUUAGAAUUUUAAAGUGGCAUCUUUAUUACCUGGUUUUAAAAACUGACUAUCCUCAAGUGCCUUAAAUAUUUCACACAAGGAUUGCUGGCUUCCCAUCAUACUCUGAUGAGCCAGUUUGUAGUGUUUUUAAAAUGUGACUUUAUUUCAUUAAUAUUAAUGCGUCAUGCACUUAACUCUUUCACUUUUAUGAAUGAUUUUAGUGGGAGCUGGGUUUCAAGAAAACAUCUCAUUUGUUGUUGCCAAAUAGCAUAACAUGUGGCAUAAGCUUCACAGUAUUUACUGUGACUUACCCCUGCCCCAUGCAUAAAGCUCUAGCUAGGUAACCGUAAAGUAAUAAUCUGAUUUGUCUUGACUUUCAUUUAAAAAGAAAUACACAUCCAACCCUCACAAGAAAAUUUGUAACAUAAACUAGAAACGUUUUAGGAAUAGUUUUUGAUUCCUAGAUUAUUAAUUUUGCCAUCCUGUUUGGACUUUGGGGAUCUAAACAACUUUUUAAGGAGAUGUGAAGCUAAGGUAACAAUGGAAGAGUCCUUAAUGAACGUGUAUCUUGUUUUGCAACUGUUAGAUCCAUUACAUGCUAGAGCCCCUGGCUGUGUUUUCUCCUGCUUUGCUAGCCUGACUGGCAGAACUCAACAAGACCUGAAGGCUCAAUGGCAAAUGUGUUAGUAAUUUCUAUACCUAAACAAGAAGUGCUUUACAUCUGGCAGCAAGAUUGUAUGCCUAACUUAGAAGCAAAUGAUGUUGCAAUAUGUCAGUCCUGUGGAUCAAAAUGUGUUGAAAAGUAAUGUCUCUUUGGGAGGAAAUUUAGAUGGAGUUGAGAUGACUGAACGAAGGCAAGAACAGCAGAGCUGUUUGUGUCUGUGCUGUCUCUGAACCAUCAGCUGGUGUGGGCAGUGCAGUCCUCGGAGUGACUGGAGCCUUUUGUUGGGUUAUUAGGGAUGGUCAUAGUGUUUAACACAGUAACUCUUCUGUGAGCUGCCAUCUCCUUCUGUAGCAACUGAGGCAAUUACUUUGUUGUUUUGCUGUGUAACAGCCGUAGCUUUUCCACUAACAAGGUUGUAACCACUUUUCCAUCCUACAUUUUUACUAUCCUAAAAUAUGUGAAAGCUUUCUGGGAGGGUAACCUAGUAGGGGAGGUGUUAAUUUUUGUAGUGAGCCUACUUCAGUUCAGGAAGCCUUCAGUCUUGCAUAAUAAUCCCUUUGGAUUUGCCAUCUCCUGUCACUAUGAUUUCUAACCUACAUAUUCGGAGUCAUGCUAAAUUCUGAUGACCACUAGUGCCUCUUGAUGUCUUAGUGUAGAAAGAACAAUACAGAAUUGUUUGAUUUCAUAGCUAUCGGGUGAGGGGGGAAGCCGCUGUAUUCAUGAAGGGACGUGUGAAAUUUUGCUAAGUUCAUAGUAUGCUUCACUCUCUGAAAUUUGUCAAGUUUCCUGAAACACGGGGAUGGGGGGGGAGCUGAACAAGUCAGAUUCUUAGAAAUGAUCUUUUUAUUUCAGUGUCUUGGCGAAGAUUUACAAUACCAUAGAAACAAAGUAUUCCAGUGUGUACUUACAGCUGUGUGAGAAUAUCCCGUCAAAUUUGGAACUUUUAUUUUUACUGGAAGCUAAGUGAAAUACACCUUUUAGAAAGCUGUCUGUGGUAAUCAGAAACUUAAUUCUCAAGCUGUGCUUUAGGAGAGAAAUUAUGCAUUCUUUCACUUGUGAUGCUAAUAUCACCUUUAGAAGCCAGCAGCUGUAAUGCAUAGUACUGUUACAAGAAGUGUCAGUAGUUUGAGUGGUGCUCUAGCAGAAGAUAGUCCAAAACAUGGAGUGGUGCUAUGUUCAGUAUUUUAGGGUUGUGGUAUUUGUUUUUGUUUUUUAAUUUAUAGUACUAAUCUGCUACACUAGCUUUUCUUAUCAUCCCUCUAAAAAAUUCCUGGAUUUCAGGUGGCUUUGAUUUGCUUUUUUAUUUUAUUUUUGUUCACUCUCUUGGUUUCAACACAAUAAAAAUACUAUGUAAUUCUGGCAAGAGAAUGAUCUCGCCUCCCUAAGCCUUACCAGUGUCCUCAGCAAUACAACAGUAUAUUAAUACUUGUCCACCAGUGUCCAGUUGACAGUUUGCCUCUUUCCUCUUUGUUUGCUGAUAAACUUGCAUCAAAAACAAUGCUUGGGUCUCUCCAGCAUCUCUGAAGCUGUAGAAAUUAGCUGAAGCAUUCAAGGUGAACGUUCAAAGAAAAAUUGUUUUCAUAUUUUACUAGAUUUCAGUUGGAUGGAUGCUGCAUUUUUAGCACCCAGCAUCAGAAAGUUGCCCCUUAAAGGAGCCAAAAUCUUUGAAACUCAGCGUGCUUAAAUUCUCACAUUGUGCUUGAUUAAAAACUAGCUUUAGUCAUCCUGCUUAGUUGGGUAUACAAUGCCUCUUUUGAUUAUGGGUAAUUUGCACUUGCACCUUUCUUUCCUUUCCUUCCCUGCCCUCUCUGGCAAAGAAAUGUACCUAGGAUGAUGAAGUCUUGGUCUGACACAGAUGAGAUUACAAUUUUUAAAAUUACUUACUUUUUUUUUUUCCUCCUAAUACAGAGGAUAGAAAGGCAGGAAAAUUUUUAGAACGGAGGGAGAUUAAGUAAAAUCCACCCUGUAAGCGAUGGAGGAGUGAAAAAGAGAGAGGAAUGCAUUUAAGUAUUAUUAAUGCCUAUUUUAAAAAGGAAGUGGGCUGGAAUAUAGAGCCACAAACAUCAGUUCUUCUGCAUGAAGUACCAGUGCUUGAAAGAAUUAGAAACACACCCAUUAAAAAGGCAAAACUCAAAUGUGGUAACUCUGGCUUCAAACAGCCAAGGAAGGGAUCACAGUAAAAGCAUCCUAGGUGACUUACUCUGACCCCUCGGUGCUGUCUUGGAAGUUAAUGCCUCCAAAUGGAUUUUUUUUUUAUGUCAUUACAUGUAAAGUACUGCUAAGAGGAAGCAUUCAGUGCUUUCAGUCACCGGUCACUGCAGCUGCUGCCGUGAGUAACGGCAUGACGUGUGCUAAUGAACUGAUGCUGCUGGUGAGCUCUCCUAGGAUGACUAAUUGGGCAGAGUGGUUACAGCAGAGCUGGCAAUUGAAUAACGCUAAUCACAGUGAUGACUUUAAUAGCAUUUAAUAGACACUUAGCUAAAUUCGAAGUCAGAAGAGAUAUUGCUGUUUUUAAAAGCAUUUCCAGUGCUGUUAGCUUUUUGUCAUGAAAAGCCACUAAAAUGUCCUUUUUUGCUGUUGAAUAUUUGUAAAAGUGCUUCUCUUGCUUUCCGAAUUCUGGAGAGAAGUUGGCCGUCUGCUAUGGAAAACCUGCUUGCUGUUGGCAGCUUAAAGGAGCUGUUUGGGGUGAAACUUCUUUCCCAGCAGUUCUUUAGAAACAAACAAAAACGUGCUUCCAAAACAAGAGGCUGGGGAACAUAUGCAUUUCUAAGAGACUGUAUCAUUAAGGAACCAGCAAAUACCUUCCAUUCAUAGAGAGUCAGCUAGUUGAGCUGCUUGAAGCCUGAAGUAAGAUUGCAGCUCUGCUCUUUGUAUAAAGGAAAUGUCCAUUAGUUAGAUUACUGGGAUUCUUGUGGAUGCAGAUACGUAACGCGCAGCGCCAGACAUGGUAUACUUCAGUUCUUACAGUGUUGAAGCAUCAAGCAAACACUUUAAGAAGGUGGGGUGAAUAUUAGCCACGACAGAGCAGAUUGCAGAGGAUUCAUGUGUAAUUUAGCUCUAGUUAAGCCUGAAUUGAAUUUUCCUACUUAGUUCUGCUACAGUCCCUUUUACAAUUGGGCCUGUGCUGUCAGACAAAAUCCCACUGGGAAGUAAAGGUCUGAUUCCCUUUUUUGAGGAGCACACAACUCCCGAUAACCAGAAUGUGUUUCAGGAAGGGCUGGAGAGGGAGAAAAACGAGCUUUCAAAUGAGUGCAAAACUUCCUCAUCUACACCAUUUGCGUGUUCUUCCUAAACAAGUUUAUAGUGUGUCUGCAGUUGUGGUGAAGAGCAGUUCAUUUCCUGCCAAGCUGAUCAUAGCCUUUAAAAUUGACAGCACCAGAACCAUGAGGCUGGUCCUCCCCGCUUCCCUGAAUCUAGCCACCAAAGCAGCCAGCGCUGUAGUGGGACUGUGUGUUUUGUAGCGCUGACAGCUCUAAGAGCUAAGCCUGCCGCUUUGUGCAUACGUUCUGUUUGUUUCUAAUAUAUUCAUUGGAUUUUACUGUAGAUAGUUCUUCGUUGAUUUCAGCCACGUCAGCUGAAAAGUAAUCAAAUGGAAACACAGAGCAUAUCUGAACACGUAUCUGUUGCAGAUACUCUUCUCAAAAUACCUUAAAAUAAGCCGAUAGGCUCUUGUCAUAACCUUCUAUCUCCCACUAAAACAGGAAGCCAAAACCUUACAGAGAAUCGCUUGGGCCCUUAUUGCGUGACUCACUCGGCUAGAGCCUGAACAGGCACGAGCCCUCCCCUCGAGUUUUUCGGUGUUGCUAGUUCAAUGUGUUUUCCAAGCAGUGCUUGCUGCUGCUGGUGGACACAAAAAUAAACAAAAGACAGCUGUGUUGGCAGCAUGGAAAAUCUAGCAAGGUGCAGCUUUUGUCAAGUAGAAGAGGAGAAAAAUCUAUAGGGGAAGAAAUGCAUUUCAAGCUUCUUGGAAUGCAAACAGUGCAGUAACUACCUAGAAGAGUUUGCGGUGGACUGUCAGCUUAAAACCUCAGCAGAUGAAUUUGGCUGCUUUGUAGUAGUUGCUUUAUUUUGUUAACAAGCUCCUCUCAGUCAGGAUUUCAUGUCUUGAUGUGUGCUUUUUAGUCAGAAGAGAGAAAAAAUAUUCAGCUCCUUGGAAGGUUAGAUUUAUCUGGGCUUUGUGACUUCUCUAAUGGAGGGAAUAUUCAGUAAUUGUAUUCUAAACUAUGAGCCUGAUUACACAUCCCCAUGAGAUAUUAACAUAUCGAGUGUUGAACCUAGUAGUGAUAAAACGUUUCUGGAUGUCCAUGCAUAAAAACACUGAUCUAGUGGAUCACAUUCUGAUUUGUCAUAGCUUGUGCAGCAGUGCCUUUGGCACAUGGAGGGUUUGUCACUUUGGAAAAUGGACCUUGAAGGUGUGGUCAUCGCUCCCUGGAGGAAGUCUUUAUCCUUUUGUGUAAGGGAUGAUUGUUCCUAUUGGAUGUGUAAGGAUAAGGAGAUAAUAGCUAGGAAAGCAGAGAGAUCUUAAGGGGACCUUCUCAGAAACAUGAGAUACAGUAGCUUCUCUUUCUCAUGUCGCUCUUUCUAACGUUAAAAGACGUUCUACUAAAUAUUGGAUGAUGAAUACUGCUGUCUUUUUUUCACACAUUCAGUGUAUUUGAAGGAACAUCCUGUUUAGUAAUAGACAGUUGUUUACUUUGUUGUGGGUUAAGACUUUACAAAAAAGGAUAUUGCAUUUCUUACUUCCUCUUCUGAAGGCCAGUCCUGCCGUCUUCUCUCUUCACAGUUUUCCUUUUCUUCUACCUUUUAUAGCCUCUCAUUCUGUCAGCCCUCCCCCUGCCCUCCACUGCCUUGUCCCCCUCCCAAAAAAUUGCUGCUUAAUCAACAAACAAUGUUGGCUGUUAAAACAAUUUGAUUGCCUUUUCAUAAUCCUAAUUUCGUCUGUGUUAUAGUGAAUGUGGUCUGAUUUUAGAGGCCUGCAAAACCAAGAGUAUAGAAGGUACCGUGUCAGCUAGGAAGGUGUGAGACUAGAACAACUGUUGUACUUUGUCAUUGCCCAGUACUGGCAGUUAAGAAGAAAAUCCUCUUAUUUGCAUGCUAUUUUCUAGGAAUACUUGAGCUUUUUUCAGGUAAGAGUAGCUCUUAUCCCAGAUGCAGGGCUUGAGAAAAUUUCUUGUCUCUGGUUUCUGUUCCUGCAGACUGUUUGUGUUUUCACCCAUUUGCGUCAUGUUUUGAGGAGCCUUCUUCUGAGUUUCUCUGCUGUUUCAGUACUCCCUCUUUCCUGCCCUAGUUGGCCAAGCAGACAGGCUGGUAACUGCAGCGUGCCACGUGGCUAACCAACCUCUCCGCCAGUGUACCUCCUCCUCAGAUAUAGCUUCAAUCCUUCGCUUAUUUAGUGCUAAGCUGGACUUCUGUAACUACUCCUGCUGACAUAAAAACAUAUCCUUAUCAGUAUUAAAAUAGUCCAAGAGCAGAACUGUUGCUUUAGGCACAUUUCUUGCCACUGUGUUGGCAAAUGAACCUUGAAUGAAAAUGAGAUGGCCAGUGACUUUGAAGUCGGAACUGUUAGGCAAGUGUUGUAGAACUGUAGUCUUUAUUUAUUUUGUAUAUUAAUCUGCACUUGUGACUCAGAGCAGAAAAGCUGCAGCACAGCAGGUUUUAUAAGCUGUGGUUUAACCAGUUUCUAGUAUCUUAAAACUCUUUAUUUAAACUGACUGGUUCUGCACAAGGGUCAGAAACCUGUUGUCACUGAUCAUUACAUGCUGUGCAUAUUGUAUGGUUGUUUAUAUGAAUUGUUCUAAUAGCGCUUGUGUUUUAUGCUACAUUACCAUAUUUUAUAUGUAUAUAUAUUUGUAUGUAUGUAUUGCAUGAGAUUUAAUUGUUGGGGUUUUUUUUGUAUCGUCACUUUUGUAUUCACACAGUGCCUCAUGUAUCUACUUGCAUAUUUCAAGAAAUUGCUUCAAAGCAGUGACUGGAAACAAGUGAGGAGAAGAACUCUUUGCUGUAGGAUCUGAUGUUUCUGAAGUAUUAAUAAAGCAUAGUGAUUUCAA